AUGGCAAUAUCAGUUACCAAUAGUAAUGAAAUUAAGAAGAUUUACAAUCCACUUAAAUUAGAUGUACCACCAUCUCCUGCAGAAAAGGUUGAUCUUGACAUUAGUAAGGCUGAGGAAGACAAACAUGAAAUGGGGAGUGUUCUUGAGGAAGACGUGGGAUUUGAUCAAGUGGGUGAUGACGAACCAGUAGAAGGUGAAGGAGAGAAUGCUCGAGUGGAAGUAGAUGAUGAGAAAAACACUAAAGAAUCUAGUGAUGAAGAUGAAAUCGUAUACUCCAUCCAUAAUCCGAAGGUCAAAUGGAAUGUGAUGAAACUGAUUAUUAGAGAAAGGUAUGAAUCUAAACAUGAACUGAAAUUAUGCUUAACAAAUUAUUCCAUCUAUAAGGGUUAUAAAAUUCGUUUCAAGAAGCGUGAUAGUGUGAAAAAGAUGAAUGAUAGGCAUACAUGUGUUAGGAAAUUUAGUAGUUCAAGGCAUAUGAAUCCAACUUGGUUAGCAAAGCAGUUUGUGAAAGAACUAGUAAGGAAACCAAAGUUAAAAUGCAAGGAAAUACAAACAAUAAUUCAAAGUAAAUUUCAUUGCAAGGUGUCAUGGUCAAAAUGUUAUAGAUCAAGGUGUAGGGAACUGUCCUUAAUUGAUGGCAAUUUGAGUGACCAUUAUGCAAGAGUGUGGGAUUAUGGACAUGAACUGAUGAGGGCCAAUCCAGGUAGCAUAGUUAGGAUUUCUGUUAACAUUAAUCCUGAUCAGACUACAACUUUUCAUAGAAUAUAUGUGUGCUUUAAAGCAAUCAAAGAUGGGUGGAAGAUAGGAUGUCGUAGGGUUAUAGGGUUGGAUGGGUGUUUUUUGAAGGGACAAUGCAAGGGUGAGCUACUAACUGCAAUAGAUAGAGAUGCAAAUAAUCAAAAUUACCCUAUAGCAUGGGCGGUUGUGGAGUUUGAAAACAAGGUUAAUUGGAAAUGGUUCUUGGAACUAGUUAGUGAAGAUCUUUCAUUGGAUGUUGGCAUGGGAUUAUGUGUCAUUAGUGAUCAACACAAGGGUCUUGUUGAAGGAUAA